UCGUAUGAAAACUUGCAACAUGAAACACAAGGAGCAAACGGUGCGAAAAUGUAAUCCCACUUCGGAAAAUAAGUUCCUCCCUCGUCACUCUCUCUCAACCCCCUGGCGUUCUCUCGCUCUCAACCCCCUGCGUCCUCUCUCUCUCUCUCUCUCUCUCUCUCUCUCUCUCUCAAACCUACAAGCGCGGGUCCAUUUUGCAGGCCGUACACAAGUACCUCAUCUUCUUCUUCAAACGAGGAUCCAUUUACAAGCUUUCAUCUUCUUCAACAAGAAGCGCAAUUUUUGCUCUAUAAUACCCAUGCGAAAGGCUAUGGUAGAGAGAGAGCAACGCCAUUGUUUCUGCCAGUUAUGGAACAAAAUCUCAUUCUAAGUCCGCCAUUUUUUUGAAGCUCCAAGCUUUACUUUGGUCCAACGCUUACAGGUCAAUUUCAUGUCCUUUUGGUUAUGAAUUUUAUACCUUAAAAAUUUCACUUUUGAAAUUUUAGUGCAGUUGAUUGUUUUCAGCAAUAUCAGUGAGAUCAAUGGGAUUUUCGAGUAAUAUUUCUGUGUAUUUUCCUAUCCUAUUGGGUUUUGUUUGCUCUGCAAAUUGGUGGCACAAAGAAGAACUUUAGGUCUGAUUAAUCAAAAAAAAGAAAAGGGAAACUUUAGGUCCAGUGAUCCCUGAGGAGUCAAGAGCUCCAAAAUGUUUAAAAUCUUUCAUUUGUUUGUUCGAUCAUGUUUUUCUUUUACAAAUAUGGGGCCUAGGUUGCGCAAGACUCUAAAGACAAUUUCUAGGGUUUUGGGAUCACUUGGAAAUUGAGGAGCAGUGAUUUUGAUUGCUUUUAGUGCUGAUGUAAUGAUGCUUUAUUGCGAGAAUCUUUUGUAUUUCUUUAAUUUUUGAAGUUCAGGUCUUAGUCAUUUCAUUGGAAGAAUCCAGAGGUUCAUUUAGUUGUAGGAUGAGUUAGCUUUUAACUGAAAUCGUUCUUUACAAGCAAGGACUAAAAGUUGUGGCAGGCUAUGAACUUUUUAUUUGUUCAUUGACAUGAAAAUUUGAAGAAAUGAAAGAAAAUUUCCAUGUCCUUAGUUUAUGGUUUUUGACCUGUUCUGAAUUCUUGCUGCUUAUGGUUUUUCUCAGAGAGCAUUGGUGGUUUCUUGUAUGUGUAUUACAUUCUUUCGCAAACUAUGUUUUAAAGGGAAUUAGAUUUUAUGAAAUUAGCAGAGGUUGACUCAGAGAAUAAAUGGCAUACUUCCAUGGCUGCAAUAUCCAUGUGUAUGAGUGAUUGAGGUACUCUAUUAAGAGCAAUUGUUCUUUGUAGUAAUAAGCCUAUGGUGGCAUGGUGUCUCUAUGUAUUUUUUUACCUAUCUCUUUGGGGCAAUUAAGAUCUUUAUUAUAGAAAUAUAAUGUAACAUGAAAGAGAAAUAUAUCUUUGAACAAAAAAGCACGAAAGAAAAAUGUAAUGAGAUCUACCUUGAUAACAAUGAUAUCCAUUUCAGAUUUACCUUGAUAACAAUGAUAUCCUUCUCUUUGUCUAGCUAUAUCCCUAAUGCGAUAUUGUGUAUCCUUAGAAGCCAAUUUUUCUCAUAUGUUAGAACGCCAUGACAUAAACAAGUAUCCUACAGGGACAAUCUAGUGUAGUUUGAUUCUUAUAGUCAAAUAUUUGGAGUAAGCAACGCAGAGAAGAGUUGCAUCACUGAAGAAUCGCUGUCUACUAUGAUUUGCCUUGGAACCUUCAUUGUUGUGUGUGGGAAUUCCACCAACCAGGAGAAUCUAUAUUCUAGAUUUUAGCUGUGAUCUGAUAAUUCUUGACUAGGAGUCAUAUAUGGUCAUUUGUAGGAUUUGGUCCCUUGAUGGGACUACAAUUUUAGGGGUCGCUUCUAUUUGAAUUGUGUGAUUAUGAAAGCGCAGAGAUAUUGAACGUUUUCUAUUUCAAGUCCAAUGUUCUCUUAGGAAACCCAUCGUUACUUUUGUGUGAGGACCAACUGAUUGAUGGAUUGGUUUAUAUGAUGAGCAGAAAUAGUGAAUGUUUGGAAGCAAAUGCUUUCCUUCGAUUCUUUUAAUUAGAACUGUUGUCAAAUUUGAGACAUUUCAUUAAAUAUUUCAAAUUUUCUAGACACCAUUUUUUAUUUGAUAACAUAUGUGGAAAAGUGUAUUUUGAAAAGGUAUGCUGAACUUAGCUAGCAUGAUUCUUGUUAAUAAUAAUGGUUGCCAUUGUCGUUAGAUGUCUGGAAACCUUUUUUUUCUUUUCAAUGCAUCUGUAGUCAUGUCUUACACCUUAUAUCAUGCCCCACCAUUAUUUCAUUUAAUUUGAUGCUGAUUUUUAUGUUAUUAGAUGGUCUACUUUCAAAGUUAUCAUUGGUAAAUUGUGAACUUUAAUUAUUUGGGUGAUAAAUGUCAUAAGCUACAUGUGUUUAAUCUUGAUUACAUGUCUUGCUAGCUGUUAGCAUUAUCAACAACACCAAUCCUUGCAAGAGAAUCUUAACUACAUGCCCUGCUAGCUGUUAACAUUAUAUAUGAUUUCUUGUGAGAGUCAAAAUGGACUUUUCCAAUGAAAGGAAAAGUGAAAUUUUAGUUGAAAAACUCAAAAAAUAUUUCAAGGGGAGAAUUCAUAGAUGGAUUGAUAAACUGUUAUCCUACCUCUUCCAAUCAUACAUACGAGGCACUUGAUAGGGUGGUUGCUCUGCUUCUGCCCUUGCCUCUACUUCUAUACCUACCCCUAGUGUAGAGGGUGAAUGUAUGAAGGCCUUAUCAUCAGAGUAGCUCAUCAGAGCUGGGAUGACAUUUCUACAGAGUUACGUGAUGGAUUUGCUAAUGCAAUGUGGGAACGAUAUUGAAAUAGGGUUUAGGAUGUAGUAGUUGUGAUGGUAUAACGUUCUUCAUUUUUUUUUUAUUGUGCUUGUACCUCUUAUGCAUUUCGAGAUUGGAUAUGGACAUCAUGCGUUAAAGAUGUAUUCAUGCAUUGGAACGGAAAAACUAUUGUGAAGUUUAUUACUAGAAAUAUUUUUUCAUUAAUCUUACAAGAUAAAGAGAUUAAACAAAAAAAGAAUGCACGGAUUAGUUAACCAAGGCUUGAUGCUUGUAUAAUUUAAUAAAGUGAUCCAAACUUGUGAUCUAAGCCAUCCAUUUUUUUUAAACAUAAUAUAGAUUGAAUGUUUUAAAAGAAUCAUCUUAAUUGGAUGACCGUCAAUAUCAAAUCAUCUAUAUUGCAAUAGAACGGUUAAAAGUAGGUAUUAAUCUAGAUUCUGGGAAAUAGUUUACCAAUGGGUUACCAAACAUAAGAAACUGGUUACAUAGGAAUUCCAGACAUGUGAACCAAACAUGGCAAAAACCAAGAUUGGAAAAUUCUUGCACAGGGAACCGUUUAAAUAUGAAAACUGUUUUACAUAUGCAAACUGUUACGCAGGAACCAAACGAGCCUUAAGAAAUUUAUACAUCCCAGAAAUGUGGACCCCCCCCUCCUCUCUCUCUCCUACAACCCCCCUCUCUCUCUGUCUCUCUCUUUCUACCCCCGUGAACCCUAGCCCUGCCCUUGCUACCACUUGAUAAGUAAAUAAACUCAUUUUGGUCUCACAUUUUUUGCCCAAAUGUCUCCUCUCUCCUAACGCAGAGCAUCUCUCUAUCCUCUGUCCCCCCUCCGGCUCCAGAUAUCUGUUUUGAAUUUACAAGCGGUUUGAGUAUCCAGAGACGAAGAUGGUUAUCCCACCACCAGUUAGACCUCCUAGAAUUAUAAAGUACCUGAAGCCCUAUGUUCUAAAGAUGAAUUUCUCCAAUAAAUAUGUGAGUGCCCAAGUUUUUCACACCCCAACUGCCACAGUCGCUUGUUCUGCAAGCACUCAAGAGAAGUUGUUAAGGUAUAGCAUGCAAUGCACUCGAGAUGUUGAGGCUGCAGCCAAGAUUGGUAAGAUCCUUGGGGAUCGGUUGUUGCUGAAAGACAUUCCUGCUGUCACUGUUUACUUGAAGGGGGAGCAAAAAUACCAUGGCAAAAUAAAGGCCAUUAUAGAUUCAUUGAGAGAUUCAGGUAUAAAGCUAAUCUGACUGAAUUAGCCUGUUGUUCUUAGACAUUCAUUGUGGUGGUUUCUUGAGGGAAACACUUUAAAAGAGAAAAAUGGUUUCUUAAGAAUGUCUCUUGGUUCAGGAAACUUUAUUUUGUUCAAUAGGAAUUUGUUCUAGAACGGAAUAUUGGGAAAUUAACAGGGUUGCUAAUGCUCUGCUCUGCU